CAGCUCAAACCCUACCCCGCCUUCUGCGCCAGACACGCUUCGCGUUUCCUACGGCUUUCCGUAGUCCCGCUGAGUCUCGCGAGAGCGUGGCAGCCCGCCGCAGAGAACGCUUCCGGGAGGUUACCGUGGCGCGGCCGAGUCUCUCGGCUUGCGGGAGCGCGGGCUCGGGAGCCGGAUUCCGGCGGGCUGGCCAUGGACCGCGACUUGCUGCGACAGUCGCUGGGCUGUCACGGCCCUGCACUGCUGUCGCUGCUGCGGAGCGAGCAGCAAGACAACCCGCACUUCCGGAGCCUCCUAGGCACGGUGGCCGAGCCCGCCCGCGGCGCGGCACCUCCUCAGGGAGCUGGCAGGAAAGAGAAGAGAGUUGACAACAUAGAAAUACAAAAAUUCAUCUCCAAAAAAGCAGACCUGCUUUUUGCACUGUCUUGGAAAUCAGAUGCGCCUACAUCCUCUGAAGUUCAUGACGACAAUGACAAUCAUUAUGCGGUCAUGCCACCAUUAGAGCAGUUCAUGGAGAUCCCAGGCUUGGACCGGAGAGAGCUGUUUUUCCGAGAUAUUGAACGUGGUGAUAUAGUGAUUGGAAGAAUCAGCUCUAUUCGAGAGUUCGGUUUUUUCAUGGUGUUGAUCUGUUUGGGAAGUGGCAUCAUGAGGGACAUAUCUCACUUAGAGAUCACAGCUCUUUGUCCCUUAAGAGAUGUGCCUUCUCACAGUAACCAUGGAGAUCCUUUAUCGUAUUACCAAACUGGUGACAUAAUUCGAGCUGGAAUCAAGGAUAUUGACAGAUACCAUGAAAAGCUUGCAGUAUCUCUGUACAGCUCAUCUCUUCCACCACACCUAUCUGACAUUAAACUAGGUGUGAUUACUUCUGAAGAGCUACCUUUGUACUACAGGAGGAGUGUUGAACUAAAUAGUAAUUCUUUGGAGUCCUAUGAAAAUAUCAUGCAGAGUUCUCUGGGAUUUGUUAAUCCAGGAGUAGUUGAAUUCCUUCUAGAGAAACUAGGAAUAGAUGAAUCUCAUCCACCAUCAUUAAUGAGAGGCCUACAAAGCAAAAAUUUCUCUGAAGAUGAUUUUGCUUUGGCUUUAAGAAAGAAGCAGUCAGCAUCUUGGGCUUUAAAAUGUGUGAAGAUUGGGGUCGAUUAUUUUAAGGUUGGACGACAUGUGGAUGCUAUGAACGAAUACAAUAAAGCUCUGGAAAUAGACAAACAAAAUGUGGAAGCUCUGGUAGCUCGUGGAGCAUUAUAUGCAACAAAAGGAAGUUUGAACAAAGCAAUAGAAGAUUUUGAGCUAGCAUUAGAAAACUGCCCAACUCACAGGAAUGCAAGAAAAUACCUCUGCCAGACUCUUGUAGAAAGGGGAGGGCAGUUAGAAGAAGAAGAAAAGUUUUUAAAUGCUGAAAGUUACUAUAAGAAAGCUCUGGCUUUGGAUGAGACUUUUAAAGACGCAGAGGAUGCUUUGCAGAAACUUCAUAAGUAUAUGCAGAAAUCUUUGGAAUUAAGAGAAAAACAAGCUGAAAAGGAAGAAAAGCAGAAAACAAAGAAAAUAGAAACAAGUGCAGAAAAGUUGCGUAAGCUCUUAAAAGAGGAGAAAAGGCUAAAGAAGAAAAGAAGAAAAUCAUCAUCUUCCUCUUCAAGUGUUUCUUCUGCUGAUGAAUCCGUUUCUUCUUCCUCAUCUUCUUCCUCUUCUAGUCACAAACGGCAUAAGAAAAGUAAGAGGAAUCGCUCAGAGUCUUCUCGCAGUUCAAAGAGGCACUGGUCUAAGACAUCUUUGAGUCACAUAGAUCAGAAUAGGAAAGAUGACUGCUACCCAGUUCCAACUAAUACUUCAGCAUCUUUCCUUAAUCAAAAACAAGAAGUGGAGAAACUGCUGGAAAAACAGGAUAGGUUACAGUGUCCAAGCACACAGGUAAAAGAGAAAGAGCGAUGCCUUCUCACAUCUUCAGCUGAAGUGCCAGAUGACUUGGGAGGUAGGUCUGAAGACACAAAAGAUUUCUACAAUAGCUAUAAAACCCACGCAGGUAGUAGCAAAACUGAAAAGCCAUAUAAAUCAGAAAAAUAUUUCUCCAAUAGGAGAAAUUCCUUGGAUUCCUUCUGUAGGAAUUCAGAGGACAAGAUGAAAGCAUCUAGUUACAGGAGAUGUGAAAAGGACUCAGAGGGAAGAAAAGACCACUCUAGAAGGUGGGAGCCGGGGUCUGUGAAGUACUCUACUUCACCAGCAAGUUCAGACUACUCUUGGAAGUCACUUGAAAAACACAAAAAAUACACUUACUCUGGAUCACGUGACAGUAGACAUGAGCCAAGAUAUCAGUUAAAUACAAAUCAGGGAGAACGUGCAUAUGAAAAGGAGGACGGCUAUGGGGAGGGUGACAAAACUGAGGCUCCAGAAGAGACACUGAAUAGCAGAGAGCAACCAGAAAACAGAGUUAAGAAAAAUUUACCUCAGAAUUUACUCAAUAUAUUUAAUCAGAUAGCAGAAUUUGAGAAAGAAAAAGGAAAUAAGCCAAAAAAAUAAUUUGCUUAGAAAAUUUUCACUGUUUUUAGAAGUUUGGGGAUGCUCUAAUCUAAAACGGUUCUGGAUCUAAAAUUGUAGCAAAUUACAAGAAGUUUCUCAGUUUCAGUUAUCAGCCCUUCGUCAUAGUCAGUGAUGCAGGAGUGUGGGUCUGUGCAGACGUAACUCAUUCUGGCAGGUUAAGCUUUUCUCCUAAAGCUGUUUCUGAGCACUUUGUUUCUUCAUGUUUGGGGUUUGUGAGAACCCUGUGCCUAUCAUAUUUCGCUGUUGGAGAGAAAUAUGUUUACGUUGAAGAGUUGGAUUGUUUUAUCAAAAAGUACUUUAUUCUCUUUUGUUAAAAAGCCCUUAGCUUCUGAGGGGAAAUAUUUUAUGGCUAAAUGUUUCAACGGUACUAUUUUAAGUCAUUUGUUUUAAGCAUUAAAAUUUUUGCACCAUUUCAUUUUUAAGUGAUAAAUUAUUACUUGAUUUACCUCUAAUACCCGAUGUAAAUGGUUUGUGAAAAUUGUUUUUUCCCAGCUUUAACAAAAUACCUUAAGAAUAAGACCAUGAAAGUUGGUUAA